AUGCGUUUCAACAUCGCCUGCGUUUCUGCUGCCCUCUUCGCGGCCGUUGUCACUGCCGUCCCUGUCGAGACUAUUGUCGCUCGCCAGGAGGCCUGCCCUGCUCCAGUUCCUCAGCCUGCUCCUGCGCCUGCGCCUGCUCCUCAGCCUGUGCCUGUGCCCGUGCCUGCUCCGGCUCCGGUUGAGCAGAAGCAGGAGAUCAACAACUAUCAGUGCGGCGCCAACACCUCGCUGCACUGCUGCGAGACCGUCUCCGACACAAGCAACUCGCGCGUGACGCAGCUGCUCAACGCUGCUGGCAUUGACCACCAGGAGGCGAAGAGCAAGGGCCAAGUCGGGCUGACUUGCACCCCCAUCACGACCUCUGCUCUGGACCUCGCCAACGGCAACAAGUGCUCCAGCGGUGUGACGGCCUGCUGUGAGAAGGCCCAGCAGAUUGGCCUCGUCAACCUCAACUUGGGUUGCACCACUAUCCCUAUUAACAGCCUGCUGUGA